UUGCUCGCGCACCCCGCGGACUGCCGCGCCGCACGCGCGAGACCACGGCCGACACGGCCACGCACGCCAACAUGAUGUGUCGGAGUGAACAGUCGGUGAAAUGCAGGAGUGGCUUUCAAGACUGAAGACCUUAAACAGUGUGCGUGAGAGAGAGAGGGAUUGAGAGAGUCCGUGGUGCGUUCCAUCGGCUGAACAGUGUAGUCAGUCACACCUUCUAGUCAAUUGUUCGUUGGGCUCCGAGCCGUUUUAGUAUAGUUCAUUGCUUAGUCGAGUGUUGCAUUUUAGUCAAAGGUGGUGCCGAGAAAAGCACGCACAGAAGUUUUCGUUGUACAGUAGUUGUGGGUGUGUUGGUCCGUUCACGCUGUGUGUGUAUUUGUGAAUGUGUUGUGCGCGCAGUGCAGAGUGAAGUGGUUUAACAGUGCAAGUGCCGCCAGCACGAGUCAAUACUCCGUGCUAAGUUAGUGAUUUAAACUUGAGACGUGCGUGACGUGGUGUGACGGUGUGACAGCGCGACGUUCGACAAGGAUAAGACGCCGAGCACCGCAGCCACUGUCGGAGGAUCAUCACCCAGUUACAAUGUCUGAGGAGGCACAGGUCCGGCCCGGCUGCCCCGCCCCGCCGCCGCCCCCCGGAAGCAUGACCCUCACCAGCGCGCCCUGUGAGGUGGACACAAUGAGCUUGUUCCAGGACCUCAAGCUCAAGAGACGGAAGGUCGACUCCCGUUGCAGCAGCGAUGGGGAGAGCGUCCCGGACACCAGCACGUCGUCCCCCGACAUGGCGGGGUCGCCGUCACCGGGGCCGCCGGCGGCGGCGCUGCCACCCUUGCCGCCAAGCCCCCCACCCCCCAGGUCCCCCGCUGAGCCACUGGCGGACUCGGACCGAGCGCGGUCCCCGGGUCUGCCCGGUCACGGCGCCCAAGCUAGGCUCUCGGGCCACUCGGGCCGGCCGGACGCCGCCGACACCAGCGUGUUCGACGGCGGCGGCGGCAAGGAGGCCGCCAACCACCACCCUCACACCCACGCCGCCCCAGUGCACCCCACCAGCACUGUCAUCAGCGUCGUCGUCGGCGGCCAGCAGAUGACGCAGCGGCAGUCGGAGGAGCACGAGGAGCAGCGGCGGCAGGAGCAGGAGCAGAGGUUACGGCAGCAGGAGCAGCAGGAGAGAAUACGACAGGAGGUGGAGCAGCAGCAGAGGAUACAGCAGGAGCACCGGCUGCGGCAACACGAGGAGCACCAGCGGAUACGGCAGCAGGCCGAGCAGGCCGACGUGCAGCACCGCCAGCAACAACAGCAGCAGCAACAGCAGCAGCAGCAACAACAACAGCAGCAACAACAGCAACAGCAGCAACUAUUGCACCGGCAGGGCCAGCACCGGACAACACCCACCCCCAUCCCCGUGUCCGUGGUCACGUCGACCAAGAACCCCUCACCGCCGUCCUUUUGGGCGGGACCGCCGAUCCGAGUCAAGUCGGAGCUGGUAAACAACAACAACAGCGCCACGGCGCCCAAUAAUAACAAUAACAACAACAACCUGCUGGCGCCGCUGCACGAGGCGACGUCGGCGCCCACCGCCUUCUCGCCGCGCAUCAACGGCGUGCGGCCGGAGCUGAUCGGCGGCGGCGUGGCGCCCGCGCCGCCCCCGCACAGCCCCCAGCCGUCGCAGUCCCCGCAGCAGCCGCGGCCCGCCCCCACCGUCAUCAUGGGCGAGGCCGGCGGCGUGCGGACCAUGGUGUGGUCGCAGCCCACGCCGUCGCAGGCCUCGGCGUCCUGGAGCUCGUCGUCGCCGCAGUCGACGCAGUCCUCGUCCUCCAACUCGCAGCACGACGAGAGCGCGGCGCAGCUGCUGCUCAGUCUGGGCAACAGCGUGCCGCUGCCCUCGCAGCAGCCCGAACAACUCCACCAGGUCGGCUCCACGCCGCACCACUUCCCCGCGCCCCUCAACAUGGAGCGGCUGUGGGCGGGCGACCUGUCCCAGCUGCCCGCCGCGCAGCAGCUCCACGCGCUCAACCUGUCCGCGGCCGGCCAGCCGCCCUGGGCCGCGCGGAACGGCAGCGCGGCGGGCCACGGCCCCGGCCUCGGACACGGCCCCGAGGCAGGCCACGGCAAGGCGGCCGGCCUCGCCCUGCAGCCCGACGAGGACGACCAGCCCAUGAUCUGCAUGAUCUGCGAGGACAAGGCCACCGGACUGCACUACGGCAUCAUUACCUGUGAAGGCUGCAAGGGCUUCUUCAAGCGCACGGUCCAGAACCGUCGCGUGUACACCUGCGUCGCCGACGGCACCUGUGAGAUCACCAAAGCGCAACGGAACCGAUGCCAGUACUGCCGCUUCAAGAAGUGCAUAGAGCAGGGCAUGGUGCUGCAAGCUGUCCGCGAAGACCGAAUGCCUGGCGGGAGAAAUUCGGGGGCGGUCUACAACCUGUAUAAGGUCAAGUACAAAAAACACAAGAAGAACCCGCGAAGCAACGGCCAGGUGAAACCCGAGAAGCCGCCGACCCCUACACCCGGUGCCGUGCAACAGCAGCAGCAGCAGCAACAGCUGCACCAGUUGCAGCAGCACCACCUGCAGCAGCAACAACAGCAACAGCAGCAGCAGCAACAGCAGCAGGCCCUGGGACAGACCAAAGGCCUGGCGCUGCUCAGUCAAGAACACGGACUUUCUCCUCACCUAGUAAACGGGACCAUUCUCAAGACGGCGCUAACCAACCCCAGCGAGGUGGUGCACCUGCGGCAACGACUCGACAACACCGUGACGUCAUCGCGGGACCGGACGCUGCCCAUCGACGCCUCCAUCACCAUGAUCCACGCCCUCAUCGACUGCGACGAGUUCCAGGACAUCGCCACGCUCAGAAAUCUAGACGAGGUGCUGGACCACAAGACGGACCUCUCCGACAAGCUAAUGCAUAUCGGCGACUCGAUCGUGUACAAGUUGGUGCAGUGGACCAAGCGCCUCCCAUUCUACCUGGAGCUGCCCGUCGAGGUGCACACGCGGCUGCUGACCCACAAGUGGCACGAGCUGCUGGUGCUGACGACGUCCGCCUACCAGGCCAUCCACGGCGCGCACAAGAUGGGCUCCACGUCGAGCGACGGCACGGAGGCGGACUUCACGCAGGAGGUGUCCAACAACCUGUGCACGCUGCAGACCUGCAUCACCAGCAUGAUGGGCCGGCCCAUCACCAUGGACCAGCUGCGGCAGGACGUCGGGCCGCUGGUGGAGAAGAUCACCCACCUCACGCUCAUGUUCCGGCGGAUCAAGCUGCGCGUCGAGGAGUACGUCUGCCUCAAAGUCAUCAUUAUGCUCAACCCAUCGCGCGGGGGUGCGAGCGAGCUGGAAACUUUCCAGGAGCGCUACAUGACCUGCCUGAAGACUUAUGUGGACCAUCAGUUCCCACAGCAGCCAUGUAGAUUCCAUGACCUGCUUGUCCGCCUCCCUGAGGUGCAAUCUGCAGCGGCGGUGUUGCUUGAGAGCAAAAUGUUUUAUGUCCCGUUCCUCCUUAACUCUGCAAUUCAACGGUAGUGCAAGGAGGCUGCGAAAACUUUUUUUUAAUCUUGCUGUGAUGUGAUUGUAAAAAGAACCAUUUUGUGGCUUAUAUUUUGUGAGCGUGUGAAUGUGUGUGUUUGAGUAAACAUGUGUGAUUGAAUGCGCGCGCGAUUGUGAGUAUGUGUGUGUGAAGGCGCUGUACUGGGUGGCCCCAUCAUCUCAUUGUAAGUUAUGUCAUGUAUCAUCCACAGAAAGGGCCACCCAACAUUGUACAUAUUUUACAUAGUAUAAAUAUAAAUAUAUAAAUAUAUAUAUAUAUAUAUAUAUAUAUAAAACAAGAAUCAGAUUUAUCUUUAUGAAAAUCCAUUGAAUGGCAGAUUGCAGAUCGUGUUGUACAGGUAUGUUUGCAAGUACUGAAAGUACAGUUAUUAUUAUUAUAUUAUUAUUAUUAUAAUUAUUAUAAAUAUAGUUAAUUGAGAUUGGUGCUAGCACACCAAGCCAGGGGACAGGAGCCGCUGCCAGUUAAAAGCUGGCGCCAACCUUCCCAAAAUGUAGGUACUAUGACCGACUGAAACAUUGUAAAAUAUUUUAAAUGUACUGUAUGUUUGUUACCAUCUGUACCAGCAGACCAAGCCCACAUCACUCGUCCUCAGGGCUGGAAAUAGUUACCAGUGUGUAAUAUACCAAUAUGUUCCUUUCUUUAUUAUGUUGUUGUUGAACAAUUCCUGCCCCUACCUUUCAACAGCUUAUUGCUGUAUGGACCAUAAACCACACACUCUUUCUUGUGUUCUGUUUUUAUCUGCUCUGUCUGCCGGAACGUAUGGUCACAGUAUUUGACUGUUGUCUUAUUUUUAGACAAGAACUGAUCUAAAUGAAUGAUCACAAAUGUUCAUGAAAACGUGUUCAACAUAGUUUACAAAAAUAGUUGUAAUGUUUUUAACCUUGUACAUCCCCACUGAUUUGCAUUUUGACCCCAAACCAAGGAUUUUAGCUUCAUUAGAGCAUUGUUUUCUGUUUUUUUAUGAUGUGCACAAAUUGGAACAAGAAUGUUUAAACCACUUUGGUUUGAACCUGAUCUCGUGUUGGUGCUGUUUUUCAGAAAAGUGAUGAAAUUUUAAAAUUAGUUAUACUUAAUACUUUCUGUGAUGUGUAAAGCAAAUAUGAAAUCUUGUUUUUCUCUUUUUUAUUACCGCAGACCUUUUUUAUCAGUUUUUUCCACUUUCUUCGUUCAGAAAUUAACUAGGUCAUCAGAACUUUUCCCAUACAUCACAAAAAUAGUUUUCAGAACUAAGAUCAUUAACAUUUCUAAACCACUGUUCUGCUAAAUGGCAUCAACACAGCAAACAAAAGUUUUGGCUGUGUAAUUUCAUUAAAGGAUUGUGAGUACAAAAAUUUGACCUCUGAUAACUGGCUAAAUUAUUGUAACAUCUAAUUAGUUCAUGCAUGUGGAAAUAAGUUAUGUUUGUUUCAUUUUAAUGUGUGUUUCUUUGUCAGUAUUGUAAGAGACAAGUAGAUGUUUCAGUUGCGCUGCUUCUCGCUAUUCUGUACACGGGGACAUUAAAUGCAUUCUCUCAACCAC